AUCAUUUGUCUCCAAAAACCAGGGGCCCUUUCCACAGUUCUACCUCCUGAUCUCUGGCUCAAACCGCCUACUGUUUUUCAAACUCUGCUCCUCUAUAAAUACUAAACACAACCCGGUUUCUUUUCUCCAUCUCAAUAUCAACAAUUCAACACAAACAUCAACCCUCUGCAAAUCAAUAGUUGCAGGCAAAGGAAUUUCUAACAAUGAGUGGAGCAGAAAGGAAAGUCUGGGUUGUGGCAGCCACAAUAGGUGCAGUAGAGGCACUGAAAGACCAAGGGAUAUGUAGGUGGAAUUAUACUAUAAGGUCACUGCAUCAACAUAUCAAGAACAGUAUCAGAUCAUUUGAGCAUCAGGCCAAGAUGCUUUCUCCUUCUUCUUCAGCAGCUGCUUCAAAUAAGUUGAUGAGUAAAUCUGAAGAGAGAAUGAGAAAAGUCAUGGAUUUGAGCUGUUGGGGUCCUAGUACUAUUAGAUUUUAGUGUUGUGGAUGUUCAUGUAAUGAAAAUUGUUAAAUAUUAUCGUAGUAGAAUAUAUUUCCUUGCCUCCCCAAUUUUGUUACUGGUUCAGCUUUUGGAUAUUGGAUGAGUAGGGGUUGGUUCAAGAUUUGGCUUGUUGGUGUUAAAACUUGAGGGCCAGAAAGCCCAGCUGCCAGAAAUGGAAUGAAAUUGAAUAUGGUUUUGGAUGGUAA